UGGUCAUUUACAUUUAAUAUUUUACUAUUACAAAAAGAGCUCCAAAGAGCAUACUUACACAUAUUUUUUUGUUCACAUGGGCACACAUUAAUCUAGGUACACACUUACAUCCAGAAAGUACUGGGUUACAGAAUAUGUAGAUCUUCCCCUUUAUUAUUUUUCUCAAAAAUAAUUAUAAUAAUUACAAUUCCACCAGAAAUGCAGAGAACUGUCAUUUUACUACAUCCUUGACUUAUUAUCAAAGGCUUACAUUUUUGUCAAUUUACGGAAAACUGCUUCCAAAGACGGAGGAAGCUGGGAGACCAAAGAGGCUGACCAAUUGAAUUUCUCAGAAAGAAACACUUAGUAGAGACAAACAGAAGCAACCCCUGCACUUGCCCUCCAGAAAGUAUGCUUUAUUUAGCAAGCUUCUAGGGUAAAGACAAGUGCAACUAGUUAGCUCUUAGACUAUUGUGAUCACUGGGGACGUUAGAUAAGCAUCUUUAUGAGGGGUUAUAUAUGUUAUGAGCAUUGUUUAAAGACCUUUGCUGCAGAACACCUCGGUAUGCUGUGGGUCAAACAUCAGUCCCCAAGAUAGUUUUGCUUCAAGAUGGUGUCACUCUUGCCAGGAAACAGGCUGUUUUUCUACACAGUUGAAUGGAUGUGACAUAUUAUCUUAACUUGCAUUUUUCUGAUGACUACAGAAAGUUUGGUUUGCUUUUCACAUUCUUUUUCCAUUUUUCUAUUGUCAUUGCUCUUAUUAUUUCUUCGCAUAUUUUAGAAAUACUUUAUAUUUUAUAACUAUAUUUUCCAAGUUUGUGCUUUAACUUAAAUUUUCUUAGUCAAUUUUUAAUUAACAUUUUUAUUUUUAAUGUUUCAUGAAACUCUUCCAACAGCCAAAGUUAUGAACAUAUAUUUAUAUAUUUUCUUAUCAAAGUAUAAUAUUUUGCCUUUCAUAUUUACAUAUGCACUUCACCUCGAGUUUAUUUUUGUGUGUAAUGCCAGGUACAAAAUUUUUCCUAUGUGGAUAGUCAAUUAUUCUGGCACCACACGUUCAUAUUUACAAGGCUACUUGUCUAUUUAAUCAUGCUCAAAACCAGCUCGGCCCUUUCAUGUCUUUCAUCACAUCCUUUAUUGCUUACCUCUCACCACACCCUUCUACAGAAGCGUUAUUUUCUUGUUAAACCAGACUAUUCACUGCAUUUACUCUUCUUGCAAUAUGCUAAAAUUGUUCCUGUUGUCUCUACGAGUCACGCUUUCUGCCUUUUUUCCUUACUAAAUUUAAACCUCUUGUGAAAAAGACAUUGUCCAAUUUAUGUUUUCGCCCGUAAUACUGAGCACUGAUGUAGUAGGUUUUCAAAUAUUCUUGUUUUAUUCUGAAUUUAAGUUGGCCCUUAUAGAUGGGAACUUUCACUGAGUACAAGCUAUAUAUCCAUGUAUUUAGGAACAAUCACAACAGUUUCAAUGAAUAGGAACCAGUCAUCUUUUCUGCCCCGGUGAAGAGGCUUAGUGGUAGUCGGUGGAUGGCACUGACCGCGGUUGAUCAGAGGAAGCUUACGCCGUUUCCAGGCGUGGCCUGGGCGUGCCCGCUUCAAAGUAGACUCCCGGAGUUGGCCCAGUUUUGACCCUAGUGAUGCGCCUGUGCAUGUGUUCAUAUCGCCGUCCCGUCUUCUUCACUUCCUACAGAUGCCGGGACCCCCCAGAUAGCAAGUGUGGACAUUCACAUUCAGAGGCACAGGCUGUCCGUACAGCGAACGUUGUCACCAUUCCCGGAGAUAGGGCUCCGACCUUCAAAGGGGCGGUGCGGUUGGCGCACAGUUCUCAGGCGCCUUCUAGAAUCCCCCGCCAGCCUCCCCGCUGCCUGGUUACCUAACUCGGCCGGGGACACCCAACCUCCCCUCUCGAGGACCUGGGUUGGCCAGCCCAGCUUUGUACGGGUGACUGAAGGCCACAUCGACGUAACAGUUGAACGGGAAGGUCGUGGAGACCACCCGGCACCCGCCCCAGGCGUUUCCAGAGUCUCCGCUUAGGCGGCCCGUGGGGGUCGCGGUCGCGGACCGGGGACAGAGCGUUGGGGUGGGCGCGCAGCGCCGGUCGCACUCCCGGAGCCGCCCACCGCCGCCCAACGGCCGCCUAGCGCGCGCCGGGACUACAUUUCCCAUAGGCCCACGCUGCGGAGCACCGCCGAGAGGAGCCCCACGCGAGUGCGCAGCCGCGAGGUGUCCCUGCCGCAGCCCCCGCCUGCCCGCCCGCAGAGCUUUUGAAAGGCGGCGGGAGGCGGCGAGCGCCAUGGCUAGCCCGGGCCGCCUGCUGUGCGUGCUGGGCCUGCUACUCUGCGGGGCGGCGAGCCUCGAGCUGUCUAGACCCCAAGGCGACACCGCCAAGAAGCCCAUCAUCGGAAUAUUAAUGCAAAAAUGCCGUAAUAAAGUCAUGAAAAACUAUGGAAGAUACUAUAUUGCUGCAUCCUAUGUAAAGUAUUUGGAGUCUGCAGGUGCAAGAGUUGUACCAGUAAGGCUGGAUCUUCCAGAGAAAGACUAUGAAAUACUUUUCAAAUCUAUUAAUGGAAUCCUUUUCCCUGGAGGAAGUGUUGACCUCAGACGCUCAGAUUAUGCUAAAGUGGCCAAAAUAUUUUAUAACUUGUCCAUACAGAGUUUUGAUGAUGGAGACUAUUUUCCUGUGUGGGGCACAUGCCUUGGAUUUGAAGAGCUUUCACUACUGAUUAGUGGAGAGUGCUUAUUAACUGCCACAGAUACUGUUGACGUGGCAAUGCCGCUGAACUUCACUGGAGGUCAAUUGCACAGCAGAAUGUUCCAGAAUUUUCCUACUGAGUUGUUGCUGUCAUUAGCAGUAGAACCUCUGACUGCCAAUUUCCAUAAGUGGAGCCUCUCCAUGAAGAAUUUUACGAUGAAUGAAAAGUUAAAGAAGUUUUUCAAUGUCUUAACUACAAAUACAGAUGGCGAGAUCGAGUUUAUUUCAACAAUGGAAGGAUAUAAGUAUCCAAUAUAUGGUGUCCAGUGGCAUCCAGAGAAAGCACCUUAUGAGUGGAAGAAUUUGGAUGGCAUUUCCCAUGCACCUAAUGCUGUGAAAACUGCAUUUUAUUUAGCAGAGUUUUUUGUUAAUGAAGCUCGGAAAAACAACCAUCAUUUUAAAUCUGAAUCUGAAGAGGAGAAAGCAUUGAUUUAUCAGUUCAGUCCAAUUUAUACUGGAAAUAUUUCUUCAUUUCAGCAAUGUUACAUAUUUGAUUGAAAGUCUUCAAUUUGUUAACAGAGCAAAUUUGAAUAAUUCCAUGAUUAAACUGUUAGAAUAACUUGCUACUCAUGGCAAGAUUAGGAAGUCAUAGAUUCUUUUCUAUAAUGUGCCUGGCUCUGAUUCUUCAUUCUGUAUGUGACUAUUUAUAUAACAUUAGAUAAUUAAAUAGUGAGACAUAAAUAAUCAGAUUGUUUUUCAUGGAAAAGCCUUCUUAUAGCUGAAGAUUGAAAAAAAUAAAUUUACUGAAAUACAAA